AGAUGGCUGGAGCUCUGAAUAUCCUCCUCACUAUCUGUCUGCUGCAUGGUGUCUUAAGUGCAGACUUUCAGAUCUUUUUGCCAGAGACAAUAGAGGCUGUAGCUGGAUCCUGUGUGACCAUACCCUGUUCCUUUGAAAUACGUGACAACUAUAAAACAGACUUAGGUGAUACAUGUGAAGCAAUAUGGAUGAAAGGAAACAUUUUGAGUUCUGCACAAGAUGUCACAUCAAGAUUUAUCACAAAAGCAACAAGAGGAGACUUAAAAAACAAAAUCUGCACCUCAACUAUGAAUAAUAUACAAAUUGCAGAUGGUGGUUCAUAUUUUUUCAGAGUACAAUGCAACAAUGCACUGAAAUAUAGUUUUCCAUCAGGUGUGAAUAUUAAUGUCAAAGCUGAUCCUCCUAAACCGACUCUGUCUCCGUCUGAACUGGAGGUGGAGGAGGGGGCCUCAGUGAGUCUGCAGUGCUCUGCUCCAGCUCCCUGUCCAUCUCUUCGUCCGACUGUGACGUGGACCCCCAGACUGGGAACCAGUCAGGAGACACUGAUGGAAAAUCAGGACAAAACUAAAGUCAUAAAGUCUGUUCUGAAUUUCACUGCCUCUCACCUCCACCACGGACAGAGGUUCAAAUGCACUGCUGUCUACAGGAGACAAGACAACAGGAAUGUGUUUGAGAGCCAGAGGAUGAACAAUAGCUUUCCUGUUCAUCUAUAA